AGAAGUUCAGAUCCAGCGUUAUCAUUGGAAGCUUGUAAAAUGUUCUGCAACGAAUAUGGUCUUUUAUGGCCGAAGCCAACAGGCAAUACGGACUUGGGUCGUUUCCUGUCCAAAAUAAACAUCAACAACAUUGAAAUACAGAUUUUGAAGCGCGGAAGGUCAAACGACUUGAUGAGUGCAGCUGGUCAGAGAUUCAAGAAACUAAUAGCCCAAGCGGUACCAAAUGGUCUGAUACCUAAAGCAACAGGAAAGGCUGUCUACGUGUACAUCGUCAAUGCUAAUCCUGACGUUACAGAUUUCUCCUUGGACCUUGACGAGAGUUACGGUUUGAGGGUAUCCCCGGAAUCCAACGAACGUAUCAACGCCACGAUAUUCGGAAACACCUUCUUCGGUGUUCGACAUGGAUUGGAGACUCUGUCGCAGCUUAUUGUCUACGAUGAAUUCAGGAACCAUUUACUGCGUAUCAAGAUGGCAAGAGAUGUCACCAUCGAUGACAACCCAGUCUACCCUUACAGAGGAUUCUUACUAGACACCGCUAGAAAUUACUUCUCGGUGGAUUCUAUCAAAACUACUAUUGAGGCGAUGGCUGCUGUAAAGCUGAACACUUUCCACUGGCACAUCACUGACAGUCAAAGCUUCCCCUUCGUGUCCGGCAGACGACCACAGUUGACCACAUACGGCGCGUAUAGCCCCGCUAAGGUGUACAGCCCGCAGGCGGUCCGCGAGGUGGUGCGGUUCGGGCGCGAGCGCGGCGUGCGCGUGCUGCCGGAGUUCGACGCGCCCGCGCACGUGGGCGAGGGCUGGCAGCGCUCCGGCCUCACCGUCUGCUUCAAGGCUGAACCGUGGGCAUCGUACUGUGUAGAGCCUCCUUGCGGUCAGCUGAACCCGACCAAAGAAGAACUUUACGAUUAUCUAGAAGACAUCUACAGGGAUAUGGCCGAGGUAUUCGACACGGACGUGUUCCACAUGGGCGGCGAUGAAGUUAGCGAACGCUGCUGGAAUUCCUCUCAGCAGAUCAGAGACUUUAUGAUAAAGAACCGUUGGGGACUCGACCGCGCCGCCUACCUCAAGCUAUGGAACUACUUCCAGACCCAGGCCCAAGACAGGGCCUAUAAGGCAUUCGGAAAACGUCUGCCUCUUAUUCUCUGGACCAGUACCCUGACGGACUUCAGCCAUGUCGAAAAGUUCCUCGACAAGGAAGACUAUAUCAUUCAAGUUUGGACGACUGGUGUAGACCCUCAAAUCAAAGGUCUCCUCGAGAAGGGCUAUCGCCUCAUCAUGUCUAAUUAUGAUGCCCUUUACCUUGACUGCGGUUAUGGUGCUUGGGUCGGUAGCGGUAACAACUGGUGUUCACCAUACAUCGGCUGGCAGAAAGUUUAUGAUAAUAGUCCAAAGCAAAUAGCUCAAGAAUAUUCGGAUAAAAUUUUAGGCGGCGAGGCGGCGCUGUGGUCGGAGCAGGCGGACUCGGCGACGUUGGACGCGCGCGCCUGGCCGCGGGCCGCCGCGCUGGCGGAGCGCCUGUGGGCCGAGCCCGACACGCCCUGGGGCCACGCCGAGGCGCGCAUGCUGCACGUGCGAGAACGCCUCGUGAAAAUGGGUAUCAAGGCUGAAUCGAUUGAGCCCGAGUGGUGCUAUCAGAACGAGGGCUACUGCUACGCGUAAUGCUCUGCAGAGGGAAUGGAGUGCGGUGCUGUCGCAAGUGGUAGCUAGGCUCUAUUUGAUAGGCAGACUAUAUUAUACUGUCGGGUUUUAUUUCAUGGUCAGGCCAUAUUUUAUAAUCAGACCGUAUUACAUUUACUGGCCUUAUUAUAUCGCCAGGCUAUUCUACAUAUUCAGGCUUUCUUAUUUCACUCGGAUGCAUUAUAAGGCUAGGCUAUAUUAUGUCAGCAGGCUAAAUUAUAUAACCAGGCAAUAUUUUAUAGACCUUCCUAGUCUAUUGAGAUUUUCCUUACAAUAUAAAUAUCGAGUCGAUUCUUUGAGUUCGUUCCAAUAACAUUAUAAUUGAAGAGCAAAAAUUAAUUUUGAUUAUAUUUUAAAUGAUCUUAUACCCAUUCCGUCCAACCUUUAAGCGUAUAUCUUUAGAACCAUUAUAUUUAAACAAUUGAACAGUAAAAAAAAAAAACAAAGGGGAUCUUCACUUAUAAAAAAAAACUUUUGUAAUAAAUUUUAAAUUAAUAAUAAUCUUGUAUAUACGGAACCCUAUGAAUUGGAAUUCCUAUUUAGGCGCAUUGACCGUUCUAAAGAUAUAUUCUUUAACCUUUAUGUAUAAAAAAAAAAACGCUUUUCAAGGCGCUUGUGUGAACGAACUCUACUGUGAUACGUCAUUGCUCAUCACUACGUGACUUAUCAGUUAUAUAAUGACACAAAUUGUAAUCUUGGCGUUUUGACACGAUUGUAUAAUGAAAUAAAAGUCGUUUUUAUAUUU